UGAGAUUCACACUCUCAAGCAGCAUUACACUCUUCUCAUGCUAAUCAAUCCUUGAAUGUGUAAACUCAAUGGCUCUCCUGAGUGAUGUUGUGUUAAUUUCCAUUGUUUGUGCUGUUACUGUGUUCUUGUCUAUUUUACUAGUGACUAUCCUUUGCCUACGCUAUCGCCGGAAGAAUAUCCUCCAUUCCAAUGGGCCCAAUUCCAAUUUAUACCCCCAGUCGCGUGGGUUAUUCCAUUCAACAUUUCCUUUUUCAAACGCCGGCGCAAGGCAAUGGUCUGCAAUUAGCUCCACGGAAAAUAUCCGCGGGCAAGUGUCUUCUCCGGCUAUUCUGGAACCGGCUCCCUGCCAUACUUCUGAAAGGAGAUCUUCGCGUAUGUCGACAUUAUCGUCGCGUAAUUCGCGUCGCCUGCACAAGAAAUCAAGUAGGGACAUACCUCUCGAGUCUGUCCCACCUCCAUGUUCGUAUACAGGCCCCUCGGAUGUUGCGAACAUUGAUUCAUCUCCUCGCUCAAUCGCAGAGCUUCAGGCAGACUGCAUUCCAAAGAGGAAACCACCUCUGCCGCAUGACGACACCACCAAUGAGGAUGCAGGGGCCCGUAUCACUUCAUGGCCACUGACAAGAAAAGGGUCAUACUAUGAUAUUACUGCAACAAUGCGAGGAGGCCCAUAUUUGGUGGAUUCUGAAUUAUCCAAAAGACGGUCUGAAUGGAUUCUACGCCAAGUUCCGGGCUCUCCUCCAAAGCACGAUGUACCCCCAUUGCCAGCUCUGCGUCCGCCUGUGGUGCCUGAUCUGACCAGACAAAAUUCCAUGCUACUUUCAAACAAGAGUCUGGACACUGCAGGCAGCUCUAUACUUGACGAUCCUGUCCGGGAGAGCUUGAAUGAUUCAGUUGAUUUAGAGACGGCCAGAGAACCCUAUCCUAGGACUCAUGAACGGUAUACUUCGACAGGUGGGUGGUGGCUAUCAGCCUCUGCCGCAGGCGGACCGGUAUCCCGUAUCCCACCAGCAACGUCACCCCGGCGCUACAGCUCGACGUCUACUAGCUCAUACAGGAACGUCCAAGAUCACGGUUCUCCCAGACGAAGCGCGUCGAUGCAUUACCCAGAAAAAUCGUCUCACAUUUUGGGUGUCCAGUCGCCAACUAGCAUCUGCCAGCUGCAUGCCCCUUCGCCCGGAGUAUCGCGUUCACUCACGAGUGGCCCAUGGAUUCAAACUAAUACCAGUAAUCGAAUGGGUCAACUGCCUACCACAAACAAAGCAAUCACGUCUUCCAUCCAUGAAAGUGGAUGUAGGUUGGACCAACCACACUCUCAGUCAGCCAUAUUGAAGCCUAUCACUGAGAACGGGAAGAAUUGUGGAACUCGACAGUUGUCAAACGCCAAUGGUUGUGCAUCCAAGCGAGCUCAAUGUGCUGCUGGUUCAUCACGCGUAUCAACCCGGCGGAAAAUAUCUAUCGACGAGGAAAAGAAGGGACAUCAACGCCGAAAGAGUGUCAGGUUAUCCGUGUGUCAACAAAACCCCAUUCCAACUUCAUUGUCGCCAACUAUUGAGGAGUUGGAAGAGAGUUCUUGUAAAUCAACACCUCCACCAAAAGCCGUUACCCCGACCCGUCAAAUCAAUGAAUCUUCUGAACUCCCACCGUCCACUGAGGAUUCUAAAAGCCCUUUUGAUAACGACGAGCAGAACUUGGCCGACGAUGAAGGCGGGGAACCUACGCCUACUCCAAUUGACCGUGGCGUAGAAACGAAAAACCUGUCGACACCAAGUCCUUCCAGCGUACUAAACACUUCCCAAAGCCCCACUGAUGAAAGACCAGGCAUUCCCCGUCGUUCAUCGCUCCGCCGAAUCACGUCGACGAGUGUACGAUCCCAACAUCAAGCUCAGUCCCAACCUGCGCGCUCCACAUCAGUAACGUCUACUAUUACUACUACGCCUACAAGCGAGCACCACGCAUCGGCUCCAUCGACAACCACGUCCACGCAUACAGUAUCCAGUUUCCCUGUUUUCGAGAGUCAUGCAAACAAUAUCGCGAAUGUGGACAAAGAUGCGAGGAAUCUCAAUAGAAGCGGUCGCCCUACGAGGAACGCUUUUGCUCUCCCCGAAAACUCUGAAUUGGAAGAAGAAACGUCAGGGGGGAAGAAGCCAAGACCCCUGCCUGUCCUACCCAUCCCAAAAGUGUCACAACCGCCAUCCCGCUCCCGCGCCCCCAAAUUUCGAGUAGCACUCACAACCAUAAAAUCUGUCUCCAAUAUCGCGAUGCAUGAUGAGCCUUAUGGAGGUUGUUGUGAGGGUAGUGACAAGGAGAAUGGCGGUAAUGCUACCACUAAAUGUGACGAUGGUAGCGAAACUCCCACUCCGAAACCCAGCCCAUCCCAGUAUCAUCAGUUGGGAAAAGAGGAAGCUGGAGCUAGAUCUUCUAUUCAACAAGAGGGAACUAAAUCACCUUCUGACAGACAGAAAAGAUCCGCAGCGCCGCCGGUUUCGACGCCGUUGAAAGCAGGAACUGGAUUGGGGGCAGAACAACUGACUUCAUCGAUUGUGAGAACUCCUGGGAGCAUGUAUGAUCAGUUUGGAUUUUUGAAGGAGUGAAGGUGAUGGACAGCCCUGCUUGAUGAAAUAUGGGCGAGAGUAAGGUAGGUAUGGAAUAUGGUGCACGGCAAAGAUGAGUUAUUAUUGUUGUCGCUCUUGAAUUUUAAUUGCUAUUGGUUCUAGGUAGUUAUGUCUUCUAUUUGGAAUUGUUUGAACUACUACUUGGUGCAUAUCCAUUUAGGGUCCUCUGUCAUACGUUGCUCUUCUCCGUUCUGAUCCUGUUGGCUUUCUUUUCUCGCGCUUAGCCUUUUGUGAGUUGGUCUCUUGUUUGGCAUGUUUACUAAUGGGAAUGGGGGUAGUAUUUCGCUGACUUCAAUAAUUUGUCCUGGAUGUCUAUUUGAUGUCGUGUUAGCUUGCUCGUAUGCUUUUUUUUUUUUUUUUUUUGAUUUCGAUCCUGGGAGAAGCUGGAAGAUGUAAGUGCAUACGAUCUUGAUCAUUUCCGUUUCCUCCUCCUGUAGGUAACGGUGCCGCUUCUGCUUGCCGUUGUAUUCGAUUUGCGUGGACUGUGCAAUUGUUGUUUGUUUCACCCGUCUAUUUCUCGAAGCCGUUGAUCGUUGUCUUAAUGUUUAAUUGCACCCGUUGUAGGCCUCUCACGAUGAGCACACCCUGUCUGAAACCAAACAAAUACAAUUAAUCUUCUUUUCAUGGCUAUACCUUCCUACCUACCAAGGUAAAUUAUCUAAUACAUAAGCCAGAAAACUCACCUCGAGGUAUGAAAGAGAAAAAUAUCAUAAAACAUCCAAAUUUACAGAUUAUUCCUUUUUGAAACAAUAGUUAACACUCAACCCGUUCUCCUCCACUUCGUCUCCUCCCCACCCUCACCCGCAUCCGCCUCGCAACCGACCCUCGCAUUAUCCUCACCCCCUUCCUCACGAGGCCUAACCGUCCCCGCCCCUGGGCCCAAAGAAACUCCACCCGACCCUUCGCCCUGCUCACCCUCAUUACCAUCCCCCCCUUUCCAAUUCCCUUCCUCAUCAAAAUACUCAUGCACAUUCUCCGCCGUAAUCCAACCUCCACUCCCGGGCAUCGCAGGCGGUAGGCCGCCAGCGUUAUUGCCAGGAAUGAUCACGCCGUUCUGAUACAAGAUACUACUAUCCAGUUGUUGGGUUGGGUUAUCCUGCAUAUCCGUGUCACCUUCGUCGUCGCUUCCAGGUUGCGAGGGUGGGUCUGGGUGCAGGUUCGAGCAGGCUGAGACGGCGGCAAAGAGGUCUUGUGUUGGGGUUUGGCUGGGUUUGUUUUCCUCUUCUUCUGUAGUGAUGAGGUUGUCUUCUUGCUGUUGUUGCUGUUGCUGUUGUUCUUGUGCUUGAGGUUGUGGUUGUGGUUGGGGAGGCGGAGGCGGAGGUACAAUUGUUAGACAUAUGCUACCUUCUUCCAUGUCCUCAUCCUCCUGGUUGUCAUUACUGUCUGUUGCAAGUUGCAUAUAUAGCCCCUGCACAGUAUUUUCAUCUCCAGUGGAUGGAGUCGCGAGGGGAUUGGAGUUAGGUAUUUGCAGGCGCUGAAUCGCAUGCAGGGAGAUGGAUGGGUAUGGGAUUGUGACACCGGUUUUAGAAGGCUGGGAGUAGAGGAGUAGGCGCCUGUUUCAACGUUAGAGGUGCGAACAUCCUCGUAGAAAUAUCAUAUACGUGGGGGAAUGUAUAUCCAUACUCAGAUGUUACCCAAAC